CGAUGGGCGCGGAAGGCGGGGCCGGGCGGGGAGGGGAGGGGAGAUGGAGCCGGCGGCCGGGCCCCCCCUUCCCCCGCCGCUCCCCUCAGCUCCUGCCGGCCGCUGCGGGGCUGACCUGAGGCCGCCCGCCCCGGCGCGGCCGCGCAGGGCUCUCCCCGUCCUAACCCAGCCGAGCCGAGCCGAGCCGAGCCGAGCCGGGGCUCCUGGGGAAGCCCCGCGCCGCCGCCCGGGCACAAGAAGGCGCCGCUGCCGGCGGGCUGAGGGAGUUUCUGCAAUGGAGAAGAGGGAAGGCGAUAGUCAUACCAUUGAUCAGAAUGCAGGUCAGAGCAUCGCGCCGAGGAGAAACAGAGGAAACCUUAGCAACUUGAAUGUGGAUAUGCAAGUUACCAAUCCACCAGAAGUAGCUGCACUUUUUAAUUUACAUCAAGCACACCAUUUUGGUGAGUUUGAACACUCUUCAGAACAGCACUGCAAGCAGGAGCUGUUCCCCAAGUGGCACUUACCAGUGAAGAUAGCAUCUGCGAUCUCAUUAUUAACAUUUAUUUACACUUCUCUAAGAGAUGUCAUAUAUCCUUUUGUUACAAGAAAUGAAAAUGUUUUCUAUAAAAUUCCAAUCCUUGUCAUAAACAAAGUUUUACCAGUGGUUUCAAUUACACUUUUAGCACUGGUAUAUUUACCAGGAAUAAUAGCGGCUGGUUUCCAGCUGUACUUUGGCACCAAGUACAAAAGAUUUCCCCAGUGGUUGGAUAGAUGGAUGUUGUCAAGAAAACAAUUUGGACUUCUCAGUUUCUUCUUCGCUACAAUGCACGCCUGCUAUAGCCUGUGCUAUCCAAUGAGAAGAUCAUACAGAUACAAGCUGCUCAACUGGGCAUUCCAGCAGGUCAAACAAAAGAAAGAAAAUGCUUGGAUUGAACACGAUGUUUGGAGAAUGGAGAUUUAUGUGUCCCUAGGAAUUCUGGGACUUGCUUUGCUGGCUUUAUUGGCAAUAACCUCAAUCCCAUCUGUCAAUCAUUCGUUGACCUGGAGAGAGUUCCACUACAUUCAGAGCAAGAUGGGAUAUGUAGCUCUGCUGCUAUGCACAGUUCACGCACUGGUGUUUGCUUGGAAUAAGUGGGUUGAUGUUAACCAAUUUAUCUGGUACACACCUCCUUCAUUUAUGGUAGCAGUUUUUCUUCCUAUUGUAGUCCUGCUCUGUAAAUGCAUACUGCUCCUCCCGUGUUUCAGGAAGAGGAUAAAAAAGAUCAGAUGUGGUUGGGAAGACAACACACAAACCAAUCAAACCAGCAUGACUUCCAGGCUGUAGAUCACAUAUGGACAUUUCCUGUCUGCUGUAUGUAAAUAUGCUCAAGUCCACAAAAUGUUCACUUGUGAGUUCUGUUUCCAUAUUUUUCUUAGAUGUUACUUGUUUACUUUUCAUUUCAGCUGCAAAGGUAUGGGAUACUUGAUGCAACUGGGACCUUUGCUGAGACAGAAAUUGAAAACAUUCAUUUUACACUUUAAUCUCUUUGGUGUUCUGAUAUUUGAUCAUUUCUUUCUUCUGACUCAUUGCUCUUAAAACACCAGUACUUCAUCACCUCAAUCGUAAUUCUUUCUUUGGCAAAAGCAAUCAUAAAUCAUCGGUCCAGAUGACCACAGAAAGUAAAUAAAUCAUUACACCACAGAAUCCAGGAAUGCUUUCUGCAUCCCACAGACAUGUUUGUUCCCUGGUUAAAUCUCAGUGUUAUGAAGGGAAAACAACUUGAAUAUUUAUUAUCCUGUCCCCCCUUAUCCCUUGCAUCCUACAUUUCACUCUGCAGAAUGGGGACCUUAGCACAGAAGCCACACAAAAAGUGUGUUGCAUUCCCACCACAUAUUGAAUUCAGACAAUCAAGCAAGCAGAAUUCCAGGGAACUUUGCAAGGCAAAUCUCUCCUGAGGCUUAGGCACAGUCUAAAAUAAGAGAUUUUAGACUCAGAUCUACAUUUUAUACAGGACUAGGUGUGUCUGUUUAUUUAGAACCAUAAAACAUUUUCCUUUUUUUUUUUCCAUGAACACAUUCUUUUGUUUCUGAUGCUGGAAAUUUUCCAUGCUUUUGACCCAAGCCUGCUGCCGCUGACAUGUGCUAAUCUUUAUUAACACAAAUUAUUCCAGUGGGAUAGCUCACACGUCAGGUAAAUGUGUUUUACUGUUUACUCUAGGGCCAGUACAAUUGUGUGACUAGAAGAAAAACAUUAAAAAUAGGCAUUUGAACCUUGGCAUUGAUUUGGUGAGAUUUUCAUGUAAAAUCACUUCUGAAUAUGUUUGCUUUUACUAAAAUUUUAGUAUAAGCUGAUGAAGCUUCACUUUCUUUGUGUUACAUAGGUCUGUCUGAAAUUUUUAAAUGAAUAAUUCAUUUAUUAGCAUCUAUUUUUAAAUAUGUUAUGCAGUAGUUAAUAUAUUCACCCAGCAGCAGAAACAUUUCUGCCAGUUUCCCUGUGUGAGCUGACUAGGACAUGGACUGAUGGUGCCGGCUAUUGCUGGGAUCACCCAAAUGAGAAUUGUAACUGGUAAUGGCUCUGGUAUUAAGCAAACAGGAAAACAAUGGUUACAUGAAAAUAUAUGUAACACACUGUGCUAAUGAUUCUGCAGCUAAUAAUCCUGUUGUACAUUUGAGGGUUUGGUACACUGAGCAUAAUUAACAAAUUAAAUAGCUACAGAGAUGCUACAUUUUGUAUUUUCCUGGUUAUAACUCCAAUUAUUGCAACUUAAAAAUUGUCUUUGUGUUUUGCACUUGAUGUAGUACUGUGAAAAUAAGUGGGGACGUGGUGGCCUGUGUAAUAUAGACUGAAGAGACGUGAGUGACAUUGUGUGUCAAAUCAGUAAUGCAUGACAAACGUAAGCACUAAAACACAGAAAGCCAGUCUGGAAAGUGAACUUAAGAAUCUAAAAUAACAGAAGAAGUGUGGUUGUUAAUACAUGAGCAUUUAUAUUUCUGUCCAGGAAAUAAAUAAAAUUAAUUAGAAGUCAUGUUAGGGAUUGUCCUGGUUUUAACUCUGUCCCAGCUGAAACCAGAACAGAUAGGACUUCCCGAAGGCUUACCCAGAAUAUUAACUGCACUUUGUUGUCAGGAGUCAUAAAAACCUUAAUAAAGUAAUUUUUUUUCCAGUAGAACAGGUUAAGAAAAGUGUUAUGAUAAAGAAAUCAAAUUAUCCAUUAGCUACUCAAAACAUAUGCUCAAAUUUACUACUUAGGACAAAGAUGAGAUUUAAAAUACUCCAAGCAAGCCCAGCGUGCAUCCAUUGAAGAGAUUAAUAUUUGGUUUUAUCAAAACAUGUUAAAUUUUGUUCUUCAGAAUCAGCUCUGCUGCUCCCUUACUAAGAAAAUCUGGAGAAUUGAAUUCAAUCUCCAGUUUUGCUAAAUUCUGGUCACAUAGUUGGAUUCAUCAUUUACAACUGGUCAUAGAAGCCAGCCCUUUGCCACAGGGAAAUAUAAACAGCUUCAAGGUUAACAAGGUUUGUGACACAGAGAACAGAACCCUUGAUAGCUGAAAACUGAAAAGAGGUGAAUGAAGACACUCCUUGGAAUAAGCCAUUCACAGCUAGUCCUACGGCAUGUGUAAAAUAAAAUCUCAAGUAGGAGCAAGGUUUUCUGUGCAACAGCCAGCCUUUUCUUUAUAAUGUACUGUUGAAUGCUUAGAGCCAGAAUUUGAGACCUCAUAUCAAGUCUCUUCCCUGCUUUGUAAGUCUUUAGUAAACUACUUCACCUUUAAGUAACUCACUUCUCAAUCUGUAGUACUGGAGUAGUACUCCUCUGCAAGACAUUGCAACAGCAUGUUCAAGCUUUUAAGGCAUUCAGAUGCAAUAGUGAGGGAGGAGGGUCAGGUAAGGGGUGUAAAGAGCUGCAGAAGAAUAUGCUAUUAACAGUAGUUUAUUUCUCCCUUUGUCAUAGAUAUGAUUUAGUUCAACACUAAUUACAAUGAAUGCAUAUGUACCUCUUAAUUUAUGUUUAUACAGCUAUUUCAAAAUUCAGUGUAUUAAUAUGUCUGUAUACUACUAUAAUAUAGAAAAACAAUGUGUCUGCCAAUUUUAGGCACUUAUUUGUAUAACACUGAUUAUUUUUAUAAAAUUAUGUAUCAUUAAAUGCUUAAUUGUAUAUA